AUGUUGUCGUAUUUUUUCGGCGGAGGAUCGACCUCCAAGAACAAGGACGCGCCCAAGAAGGCGAUCCUGGACCUUCGCGAGCACAUCACGCUCCUGGGCAAGAAGGAGGCGCACCUGCAAACACAGGUGGCGUCGCAAGAGCAGCAAGCGCGCACGCUGCUCGGCAAGAACAACAAGACCGGGGCCAAGAACGCGCUCAAGCGCAAAAAGACGUACGAGUCGCAGCUGGUGAAGAUCCAGGCGCAGAUGGACUCGCUCGAGCAGCAGCUGUAUUCGAUCGAGUCCGCAAACCUCAACCUCGAGACCAUGAAGGCCAUGAAGCAGGGUGCAUCGGCCAUGAAGAACAUCCACAAGGGUAUGGACAUCGACAAGGUCGACGAGACCAUGGACGAGAUCCGCGAGCAGGUGGAGCUCGGCGAGGAGAUAUCCGACGCGAUCUCGCGCCCACUGCACGCGGGCGCCGAGGUCGACGAGGACGAGAUAGACGAAGAGCUCGCGGCGCUCGCGCAGGAGUCCGUCAAGCAGGAGGUCGUGGCGCCGCCGCAGGGCCUGCCCUCUGUGCCGCUGGGCAAGGUCUCCACGCCGCACGCGGCAACACUGCCGGCGGGCCAGGAGCAGGACGCCGAGGCGGAGGAAGAAGAGGAGGACGAGGACGAGCGGGCCCUGCGCGAGCUACAGGCCGAAAUGGGGCUAUGA